AUGAUCUGCGGAUCCAUGGAGGUUCAGAUCUCGCACAAGGGGCAGCCCAGUGCGGUGGAGAUCCUAUCCAUGGAGGAGUUCCGCGCUCUGGCACAUAACAUCGAGGACUGCCUGGACCGGUUCCUUCCCUGCGCCGCGUGCGAGGGGGAGCUCCAGAUCCGCGAUCCAAGAAAGUUCUGCCAUGAGAUCGCGAGACUCAAGCGGGCGCUGGAUGCGGCGCAUGAGCGAAAGGUCAGAUACAAUGCAGACUUUGGCUCCUCCGCAGCCGAAUCGAACCUGGACGACAACCCCGUUGACCCAGAGAAUCCGGGCGCCUACGGGGCUUCUCCUGCGGUGGGCAUCGAGGAAGCAAAGCAGGAGCUUUGCAAGUCCUUAGUUGAUGGCGGCGGCGGCGGCGGUGGCCAAGCUAGCCGCAGGAAGCUGAAGGUGGUCUCCGUCGUCGGAUUUGGGGGCUCCGGCAAAACGGCACUGGCAUGGGAAGUGUACAACUGCCCUCAAGUCGCCGAGCAAUUCUGUUGCCGUGCCUGGGUGACUCUGGCGUCCAAGCACAAACACGAUGUCGCUGCCAAGGAGGCGCUCUUGAGGGCCAUACUUGAGGGGCUUCUCGGAGAAGAAGCACAGGAGUCCGUGCCACUGAAACUCCGACAGCUCCAGCAGCAUGUCAGUGUUCUUCUCCGGACAAAGAGGUGUUUAAUUGUAAUUGAUAACAUCAAGAUGGAGAUCUGGGACGCAAUAAAACCCAUCUUCCCAAAUGAAACAGAGAGCAGAAUACUAGUGACCACGACUGUGACUUCAGUAGCUAAUGCCUGCAGCUUGCCUGAUGGUUAUGUUUACAGUAUGAGAUCUCUUAGUGCGGAACAGUCCAAGGCUUAUCUAGACAAGAAGGUUUUUGUCAAUGGAUGCUCACCUGACUUGGAGAGGGGUUCAACUGCAAUCGUGAACAGAUGUGAUGGUCACCCACUCGCUCUUGUUAGUGUUGCCAAAGCUUUGCAAGGUCACAAGUUGACAGGGGAUCUCUGCGAAGAAAUGACCCGCAACCUAUGUUCUCGCAUGGACGAGAACAAGAAUGGUCACUUCACAAAACUAGGGCAAGUUAUUAUGAAUAAUUACAGCAGUCUGCCUGGCAAUUCUCUCAAGACCUGCUUACUAUACUCAAGUGCAUUCCCAAAUGAUCGCCCAGUCAGCAGGAAAACUCUUACUAGCCGAUGGUUAGCUGAAGGAUACAUUGAUGGUGACCAAGAGAUUGCCAAUAAGAAAUUGGAUGAGCUAAUCGACAGGAAUAUCAUUCGUCCUGUCGAUCCAAGCAACAACGGGAAAGCCAAGACGUGCAAACCUCACGGUAUCAUGCACCAGUUCAUGCUACACAAGUCCAUGGCUUCGAAUUUCAUUGAUACAUCUUUUGGCGCUAAGAACCGAAGUAACUUCCGUCACCUCAUUAUUGAGAACGCUACAAAUGGCACAGCAGGCAACAAGGGAGAUGGUACCGGUCCAGCUGGCCAUGACCGCCUGCACAACAUCUUUUCGUCUUUCAAAAAAAAGGUUGAUAAUUUGUUUUCGGGAUCAGCCAGCAAGCAGCUGCGCCCCAGAUCUCUAACAGUCUUUGGGAGUGUAGAAGAAGCUGUUCCAGACUUGACGAGUUUUGAGCUGCUGAGGGUGUUGGAUCUAAAAGAAUGUAGUGUUUUGAAUGAAGAACAUCUGGGGCAGAUAUACAAGCUGCUGCAUCUCAAAUAUCUGACACUGGGGAGCUCUGUUAGCAAUCUUUCAGUUCAAAUGGAAAGGCUUCAUUGUUUAGAGACACUUGACUUGAGGAAGACAAAGAUAGAGACACUGCCUAUGGAAGUUAUUACUCUGCCCCAUCUUGCACACCUUUAUGGAAAGAUUAAGCUAAAAAAGAUUAGUGGCAAGAACCUUAAGGGAUUCCUGCAAGGAAAAACUAAUUUGCAGACUCUGGCAGGAGUUGUUGUAGACAUCAACUCUGGAUUCCCGGAACUGAUGGUUCAUAUGAAAAAACUGACAAAGGUCAAGAUAUGGUGUGAGAUCCCUAGCACAGAUAGCAAUUACGCCGUACUUUCAGAGGCCAUUCACAAGUUUGCUCAGGCUGGUAUGGCUACUCCAGUAGGCGCCCGUUCCCUAUCACUUCAUUUGAAUGAUUUUUCCAAAGGUUUGCUUCAUCACCAUCAAGGUGACAGCACAAUUGCAACAUCAAGAAAGCGUGGUUAUCUUAGCUCACUGAAACUGCAAGGCAGCCUGAAUCAGUUACCUCAGUUUGUUACGGGCCUGCGUGGUCUGAAGGAGCUGUGCCUUACAUAUACUAAUCUGAAGGGGUCUGAACUUCUAGCAGGUCUGGGCAACCUAAAGCUCUUGGUUUGUCUCAAACUGGUUGAAGUCGAUCUCGCCGAUUUAAAUAUAGACAUUGGGGAUUUCCCAAGCCUGCAACGGCUUUGCCUUGUGGUCGAAAAACCCAGAUUCCCUAUAAUUGAGCAUGGAGCUUUGCCGCGUCUUGUUUCACUCCAGUUUCUCUGUAAAGAUCUAGUGGGUCUUUCUGAUGACCUAAAAGUGGAAUCAUUUGAAGCUCUUGAGGAAGUCGCUCUGGAUUCUAUGCUCAAUCAACAAACCAUACAGCUCUGGGAAAAUGAAUUGAAGAAGCACCCCAAGAGGCCAAGGGUUAUCUUGCUCGAAAAGGUGGUUGAUCCAACCAAAACUAUGUCGGGGAAAUAUGUUGCCUCCCGCAAAGUCUACAACAGUUGUUACACCGACACUCCGCAAACGAGGUUGCAGAGGUCUUGUCAAGUCACAGCUCCCCGCGAGCAAUCUCCAACACCUCACUCUCUGUUUGAUCAAGUUCAAGUUUGCAGUGGACCAGGAAUUUACCACAUUAGAUGUGAAACUGGACUCUCUCCAUAUAUACAUUCAUCUGUGUCGUUGAGCAGCCCAACAUGA